AAUAAUAUUGCUGAUAUCAACUACAUCUGGCAAACCGCAUGGAAUGCAGAAACCACAGAUUUGAAAAUGAAAAUUUCUACAUACCAGAACGAAAAUACAAACUUAAAAAUAGAGAACGCAAAUUUUAAAUCACGAAUCACUACCCUCGUAAAAGAUAACACGGAUCUUGAAAAGAAUAACAAACAACUCAAAUCACAAAAUGCAGGUCUUGAAAAAGAUUUAGAGAAACUCAGAUCAGAGCAUAAAAACUUAAAUAAAAUAAAU